GCAAUUUUGCACCCUCCACUAUGGCACUAUUUACUAAAGUCUCCACACCAACUAACUACUACAUCUGAAAAAAUAUAAAAGGAAAGUUUCAUCCCAACUGUAAUAUAGUGACAAUUUGGAGGCCUUCCCUUCAAAGUAAGGAACCCAAAAACAAGGUCCAACUCUCCACACACUUCCUUUCCAUUAUUCCCACUUCUCCUUUUUAAACUCCUCUGCCAUUAACCACUUAAACUAACUUGUAUCUCUCUCUCUCUCUCUCUCUCUCUCUCUCUCUUAACAGUUCAUCUCUUCUCCUUCAGUUCACUCUGUUAAAGAUCCAAUAUUUACAUCUUUUUCUUCGUCACACAUGAAAUGGGUAUCAAAAUUUUUACUAUUAUAUUCAUGGCAACCUCAAUUCUCCUCUCUUUAUUUUACAUCCCAACAAAACUAACCAUACCCAUCUCAAGAUUCACACCAGUCAUCAACUUAACCAUGUUAAAAGACCAUAAACCAUACCCAGUAACCUUUGCUUACUUAAUAUCAGCAUCUAAAGGUGACUCGAAGAGGCUAAUGAGAGUCGUAAAAGCACUUUACCAUCCAGGGAAUCACUAUCUGAUUCAUAUGGACUCUGAUGCACCAGAAGUGGAGCAUAAAGCAAUAUCUGAGUUUGUGUCUGAAGAGCCAGUUUUUAGCUUUGUGGGUAAUGUUUGGAUUGUUGGGAAAUCAAAUGUGGUUACUUAUAGAGGUCCUACUAUGCUUGCUACUACUCUUCAUGCAAUGGCAAUUUUAUUGAGGACUUGCAAAUGGGAUUGGUUCAUUAAUCUUAGUGCCUCUGAUUAUCCACUGGUGACUCAAGAUGAUCUAAUUGAUGCCUUUUCUGGCUUACCAAGAGAUCUCAACUUCAUUCAGCAUAGUAGUCACUUGGGCUGGAAACUGAACAAGAGGGCUAAGCCAAUCAUAAUAGAUCCAGGACUUUACAGCAUCAAUAAGUCAGAGAUUUGGUGGGUUAUAAAACAAAGGAGUGUCCCAACUGCAUUCAAGCUCUAUACAGGUUCAGCUUGGACAAUAUUGUCAAGAUCUUUUGCAGAGUAUUGCAUUGUGGGCUGGGACAACUUACCAAGAACUCUCCUUCUCUACUAUGCCAACUUUGUAUCCUCACCUGAAGGAUACUUCCAAACACUUGUAUGCAACUCUGAAGACUACAAAAACACUACAGCUAAUCACGACCUUCACUAUAUCAGUUGGGAUACACCUCCCAAGCAGCAUCCGAGGUAUCUGGGGCUUAAAGAUUAUAGAAGAAUGAUCCUGAGCAGCCGCCCAUUUGCUAGAAAGUUCAAGAAAAAUGACCCAGCACUAGACAAAAUUGAUCGCGAGCUCCUUAAGAGGUAUAAUGGAAAGUUUUCUUACGGGGGUUGGUGCUUGGGAAGUGGCAUGAGGCAGAAGGCAUGUUCAGGUAUAAAAGGUGAAAAUUAUGGUGUUUUGAGGCCUGGACCAGGUUCAAGAAGAUUAAAGAGUCUGCUCACGAAACUUAUUUCAGAGAAGAAUUUCAGUAAGCGACAAUGUAGAUGAAAUAGAAUUUCUUACAAUGACAAAUAAUGGUACUGGUUUAUUUUUUUCUAAGAAAUGGGAAUCCUUAUUACCAACUACCAAGCUAUUUGAUGUAACAGAAAAGUAUAUGUAAAAGAAAGCUACUAUGAGGUUCUUGAUCAUUAGAGGGACAUACUACACAUUCUGGAUGAGCA